AUGGAAACGAGGAAGAUGAUUCAUUGUCGGAAUUUGGUGGUCGUUAUCCUGGUGCUUUUGUUGUCUGUUACUGCAACAUCAAAUGCAUCUGAUGCCCAAGAUGAUUUCGAGCAGUGCGAAAACACAGUCAAGAACUGGGCAUCUUCUUCCCAGGAAUCAGAAAACUUUGAGGAUCAACAAGUACUAAAGGACUUCUUGUUUUUCCUUCAUGUCCCCAGGACAGGAGGAAAGAAUUAUUUUCACUGUUUCUUGGAACAACUUUACACUGAAUCCGCGAAGUGCCCUGCUUCCUAUGAUAGAAUAAGGUUCAAUACAAGAAACCCUCACUGCAAUUUGUCUGUUACUCACAACGACUAUAGCUUGAUGUCCAAGCUGCCUAAGGACCAAACUUCUGUGGUGACAAUUAUCAGGAAUCCAGUCGAUCGAGUUCUCAGUUCCUAUGAGUUUUCUGUGGAAGUAGCAGCCAGGUUUCUGUCCAAUAAUAACUUAACAUAUGCCACUAAAACUAUGCAGCAGAUUCCCAGUGUGGAAAAAUUUGGAGGAAGCACUCUAGACAUCUGGCCAUGGAAGUAUUUGGUUCCAUGGAUGACAGAAGAUCUGUUCUCUCGUAAGGAUGUUAGAAUGCUCAAGGGCGGAAGUGGAGCUGUUAUCGAAGCCAAUAAUCCAUACAAUGUCGAGGAAAUGGUGAUGCCUUUGCACGAGUUUAUCAACGACCCUAUUGUCUUAGACCUUGUUCACAAUGGAGCCACAUUUCAGGUUGCGGGACUCACAAACAACUCGUACACAGAUGAGUCACAUCCAGUGCGUCGCUGUGUUCUCAAGUAUCAGAUUCUUGGUGAAUACGUGCUUGAAGUCGCAAAGAGGAGGCUGGAUGGUAUGUUGUAUGUUGGGCUGACUGAUAAGCACCAAGAAUCAGCUUCUUUGUUUGCCAAUGUGGUUGUUGAUCAAGUGCUUUCCAAGUUGGCUAUAAGCAAUGCAACUGUCAAUAUUUCUGAACAGAACUAUUCAUCCAGACAAUCUGUUUCUUUGAGAGAGAGAGACAGAAGAAUCAGAAAUUCAUGGGAAACUACAUGGGCAGAAAGUAUUGAAGCAGGGAAUGGAAAUAGUACGACUGCAAAACUCGUUGAAUCAUACGAAAUGUGCAUCAAAAGGUUACUGACAGCUCAAGAACAGAAGCGCGAGGGCUCUAUGAAAUUCGUUCGUCCAGUAAAUUUCACACAGGAGGCUCGUCGUGAGAUUCCCAAGAGAAUCGUCGAAGUGAUCAGCUCACUAAACAGCCUAGAUAUGCAGCUGUAUGAAUAUGCACAGCAAAUGUUUGAGCAGCAAAAGCAGCCAUGGCCACAGAAAGUGAUGGUUAGAGAGAGGGUGGAUGGAGUGCUCAAAAAUGCAUUAUAUGGUGCCUCUUGGAAACCCCUUCCAUUUGCAUUGCCCUUUCUCAUUCUGCUUCUCUUCAUUUUCAUGUUUGUGAAUGGUAGAAUGAUGAGAAGAUCAAAGUCUAAGAUAUGAAUGCAUGCAUGCAUGGCAGCUCUCUAGUAGCAUUUGG